CCGGCGGCGAGCGGAGCUGAGGAAAAAAUGUGCCUCAGAGACUGCUGACCUCAGACCUUGCAGAAACCUGCUUUACCAGGCAAGUGCCUCAGUUGGUCAGUUCUUAAGAGCUGUGAUGGCCAGUCACCAAGCAGAAGUUCAGAGUUUGAAGCUAGAUAAUGAUUCAGUUAUAGAAGGAAUAAGUGACCAGGUACUGGUGGCAGUUGUGCUCAGUUUCACUUUCAUUGCUGCUCUGGUAUAUACGCUUUUAAGAAAUGAACAUCAGAACAUACAUCCAGAAAAUCAAGAGCUAGUGCGAGCUCUUCGUCAGCAGCUUCAAACGGAGCAGGAUGCCUCUGCUGGUGACCGACAUCGCUUUUAUACAGACAUGUCCUGUCCAGUCUGUUUGCAGCAGGCUACGUUUCCUAUAGAAACAAACUGCGGGCAUCUCUUCUGUGGUUCCUGCAUUAUUGCCUACUGGAGGUAUGGCUCAUGGCUCGGUGCCAUCCGUUGUCCAAUCUGCAGGCAGACGGUAACGUUGUUUUUACCACUCUUUGGUGAAGAUCAGCAGGGUGCAAACCAAGUGUUUCAAGAUGUUAGUGAUUACAAUCGGAGAUUCUCUGGACAGCCCAGAUCUAUUAUGGAAAGAAUUAUGGAUCUGCCCACUUUACUGCGACAUGCUUUCAGGGAGAUGUUUUCUGUUGGGGGCCUCUUCUGGAUGUUUCGCAUCAGAAUAUUCCUCUGCUUAAUUGGAGCCUUGCUCUACCUGGCUUCACCUCUGGAUUUUCUUCCUGAAGCACUCUUCGGAAUUCUGGGUUUCUUGGAUGAUUUCUUUGUCAUUUUUCUUCUGCUGAUAUAUAUCUCUAUCAUGUACCGAGAAGUGGUGACACAGCGUCUGAACAGAUGAAAUGGACGAAAAUGGCCCAAAAGCAGAGGCAGUUGUGGAAUGUUUUAAAAAGAGAACUGUAAUGUAAGUAUGAUAUGGCAAGGUGCCUGUGUACAAUUUUAGUAGUAACAGUUUCUUAGCUGGUUGGCUCAUAUAAGUAUGAGGGGUUGAUAUGUGGUGAUGCUUAACUGGAAUCUUUAAUUUGUGCAUUACAUAUGCUUCUUAAGGAGGAGAUUAGUUUUAUUGUGUUGUAAUAAACUACCUUCAUCUGCUUCCACCUGAUGAACAGCUGUAUCUAAUCAAAGCAGGAAACACCUUUUUGGUGUGUUGUGGUUUGUGAAAAUAAAAUUCUAGUAAAGGACUUCAAACAGUAAGUCCAUUUGAGUGAUCUAAACAAAUGUAAGAAAAUUCAGAAAUUCUUCACAGUACAGUUGUCAUGGCUGAAUUGUUCGAUGUCUUACUGUUGUGGGGUAGAGUUUUUUGAAAUAAAAGUAGCUUUGUGUGUCUCUGUGGAAGAAGAAACCCAAAGACUGCAUUACAGUUAUCACCCCGCAGUUUGCUGUUGUCCAGAUGCUUCACAAAAGCAAGGGUGACACCUCAGUGUUGCUUGAACUGCACUGUGUACAGUUGCAUGCAAUUCAUACCAUUUUGGUUUUGUAUUUGGGUAUGUACACAAGGUAUCUGAUCUACGUUUUCUUUUUUGGUUGGUCGACUUGGAUGUGGAUAGAAGGGGUUCUGAAUUACCUUGAAAAAUAUCUGUGAUAAGGGACCACAAAAAAAUCCUGGAAAUGUUUUUAAAAAUACCAGGGUAUUAAUCAUCCCUAAAGCUGAUCUUUUUUUUUUUUUUCAUGUUGAAUUUGAGCACAGGCUAUCAUAGUAAUUUGAAAAUACUUUCAUUUUAAACAGGGAACGCCACUAGAAAGGUCCAGGAUGUGACAGAUCAAUGUAUUUUUUAGCUAGAAGAAUGAUGAUUGCAAUUUUAUUUUAACUUCCUGAGUACUUGAAAGACAGUGAAUUGACAGAUGAUUCUUAGCGUGUUUACAUAUAUGAGAUGAGACUUACAAUGAAAGGGACCUUUUCACAAUUUCAGUGUUUUCUCCAUGCAGGUGUCUUUCCACAGUUUCUAGCACUUAGGCAUGUGCAGGAAGAUGAUAGAGCUGGAACCUGAGGUGUCAGUGGUUGGGGGUGGAGAUUGUCCUUCAAUGUCAGUGUUUUAAAUGACAUUCAUUUAAAACAAAAUUCUCUGAUUCUUCAUUUGAAAAUUUACUUUUGAAAAUCCAGAGACAUUUUACAAAUUAACUGGAAAGCUAAAUUUUUCUUUAUUGCUGUUUGUUAGAGAUGGGCAAGAAGAGAAAAGGGAAGUGCAACAAGGGUAGGAGGAGGACAGCUAGACAGAAAAUUACAUUUUUGGAAGCAAGUGCUGUUGGCUUUUGCAAACUCACUGUUCUUGAGCUUCUCAGUUGAGCUUUUCCCAUUUUGUUGGCACUGCUAAUAUAUGGUGAUGGUUUAGUGGCUACCUCAGUUAAAAGUCAUUAAAGUAUUAUUGAGUAAGCAUGGGAUAUUUAUAAGCUGUUAGGUACAUUUACAAAACAAGAUAGUGAUCUAGGAUGUUAGGUAAGACAAGAUUUCACAGUUUUGCUGGAAGUAUUGUUUUGGGGGUUUUUUUGUUUUCCCGAGAAAUCCAGCUGAGGGCAAACUCCAAAAAUUUAUUUUUAAUUGAGUAGAUUUAACACCCCCUUUUCUCCCGGAGUUUAACUUGUAGGUCUGUUUAGAGAAGAGUGUGAACUGCUGUUGUACAAUAACUGGAGUCCAUUCACAGAAUUUGUUGAUCUAAUGUCUCCUCCAUACUUUUACCCUAUGAUUGUGUUUACCAUUUUCCCGUGGUUUUCUAAAUCCAGAGUGGAUGUAGAUGCACAUGAACCUGCUUGCUGAUUUGUGUUCUUUGAGCUUCCCAAUCCCACACGCUACUGUGAAGUUCAUGCGGAAAUAUGCAUCCAGUCUAAGGGGUCUGUUCCUGAAGAGCAGACCUUCUGGCGUACCUGAAAUCAUACACAAACCACAUCUGAAUGCCUAUGUGAAGUUUCCCCAUGUUCCUUUUCUUCAGUACAUUUCUGAUGGCCAGAAAGGUUUCACUCAGAGGCUUCUGCUUACUUUUGGAUAUUGGGUAACAUUGUAAGCUUAAAUUCAACACAUUAAAUGCUUGACAGAAUUAGGACCAUCCUUCUUUUUCACCAAUACGCGUGCUUGCUUGUGAAUACUCUUUUUUUGGUCCUGCAAGCUGGUGACAAGCAGUAUUAUGACUUGCUCAGGCCUUUUUGUGUAAUGUGAAGAUGCAUCUGUCCUGCGGCGUCUGGCUGCUGCUCCUUUACACAAAUCUGAAAUAGCUGUAAAUUAGCUAUCUUGGGCACUUAUCUUGAACUUAACCUAAGCUCUAGAGCUCCCAAGAAGCUGAAGAUUAAAACAUGAGCGUGUGUUAUUCCUGAACUGUGUGCUGCCAAGUUGUUCUGGCAGCAAUGUUAAAGGUAAGGGCUGGAGCUGAGCCCUGGCUUCAGGAUGUGAAGAAAAUAUGUGUUGCUGUGUGCUUGGUUUUGUCUCCUGGGAUGGGGUUGGCGUGUCACUGGGGGUGGGGGGAGAAAAAAAUGGAAAACUGUAUCAGGAAGAGUUACGGAGAUAAAAUGCAGUCCUUAAAAGAUGACAGUGUCACCAAAAAACUUUGUGAAAUACAUGAUUGUUCCAGCAAUAUUAACAAGGAGGAAAACAGAAGUUAUAUUUAAUAGCUCUUACACAGUAACUUGUAGCAUCUUGAGGCCUAAUGGUCAUCGCUGUACAGAGCGAUCCGUUUCUGUGCUGUUCGUGUGCCACACCAGUGAUGUCUGUGAGGACCAGGCAGAACGGUGUGGUUUGGGGAUACAAUUUUGCUGUAAGUUUCAUAGAACUGUAGCAGUAUGUUACACUAGAUUUUUAAGACAAAAGGAUAUAAAACUACUUGUUGUUACUUUUAAUGAUAAUAAAUUGCUGUUAAAGUAA